AUGGAAAAGCCACGAAAUACUGUUGUGCUCGACAGCGCCAACUUUGAGGUUCUUUUGAAACAAGCCGACACCAGCAAUGACUAUCAACUCAAGGAUAAUGUCGCCCCUGGCAAGAUAGGACCGUUUAUGUGCCUUCCUAUGAACGAGUAUGAGGACCUUAUGCGUUUUCAACGUCAAUACGCAAACUUGACGCGUCACCUUGUGCAAGAAGGUAUGACUAAGGAACGCAUCACGGCUUUGAGUCAGGAUGAACCUCCAGGUGCACAGGCUGGCAAGGUCAAGUGCAAGGUCUCUCAUCCAGAGCAGAAGGAUACAUCUACCACCUCUGGGAAGCUUAAGGAGGGCCGCGUGCCUUCUUCGGACAAGCAAGCACCGGACAAUCCAGCAAAGUCGAAAUUCUUAUCGUCGGGUAUACAGCCACGAUUCAAAGAGCCGUGGCGCCAUGAUGCAGAUGGACCACAACUUCCCAUUGGGAGCAAGACUACCUUUUGUUUGAAGGGUUUGUUGAACAGUAUGACCUUUUGGGAUAUUACCAGUGUCGUUCGUGGCGGCUCUUUGUCGGGUCUGCGAUGGACACCUGGCGCCGAAGUCGCUUUUCUGUCUUUCGUGGAGGAAGAAGCAGCCAUGUCCUUCUAUGACCAUGUACAGAAAAAUGGUCUCUACAUUCAGCAGAGAAUGAUUCACGUCUCAUGGGCUGAUCGCCCAUACUACGUCAACAACGAUCUUGCUACUCAGAUUCGUAAGGGUGCAAGCAGAAAUCUAAUCAUCCGAGACUGUGAGGGAAAGCUCACUGAACGCGAUAUUCGAGAGGAUACGGAGCAUAUCGAGAAACUCGUCAUCAUCAAGGUCAUAUUUUCAGAUGGCCAUUGCCGUAUCAAGACCAACUCGAUCUUCGACGCAAUGACCGCCAAAAUGUGCAUGCAAAGUAGACGAAAAUACAAGCAGUGGGUGAUCCAAUGGGACCACGACGAGUGCUCCGAGCCAUUUGACAGUCCACAAGAGUCACGUUCUUCAAAGCAGAAGGCUACUUCCAGCACGAAGCCUGCUACCCGCGGUCAUAAUCGCUUUGCCUCUCUUCGCAGAGACAAUAAUGUCAACGACAUUUACAACAACAACGAUUGA